CUGCAAUAACAUAAAUUUCUUCUCUAGACAAGGUUAUUGUGAGUGUUUGGGGGAAAAUAUAUAUUUCGAUCUUAAAAAUAUAAAAUAAAUAGAUAAAAGUAUCAAAAUGUCGGCCACGGAUCAAAUGAGGGCAAUGCUUGAUCAGUUAAUGGGCACAACUCGUAAUGGAGAUGAUGGACGCGGUCUUAAAUUUUCUGACGCCCGUGUGUGUAAAAGUUUUUUGCUAGAUUGUUGUCCCCAUGAUAUUCUUGCUUCAACUCGCAUGGAUCUUGGAGAGUGUCCAAAAGUUCAUGAUUUGGCAUUUAGAGCUGAUUAUGAAAGCGCAGCCAAAUCGCAUGACUUUUACUAUGACAUAGAGGCGAUGGAGCAUUUACAGGCUUUUAUUGCCGACUGUGACCGUCGCACAGAAUCUGCUAAACAGCGACUUAAGGAAACACAAGAGGAAUUAACUGCUGAGGUGGCCGAAAAAGCAAAUGCAGUACAUGCAUUAGCUGAAGAAAUCGGCAAAAAACUGGCUAAGGCCGAAGCGCUUGGUGAAGCUGGAGAAGUGGAAGAAAGUAUGUCUUUGAUGAAGGAAAUAGAUGAAUUGCGAACUAAAAAAAUUAAAGCAGAACACGAGUAUCGUACAUCAAUGCCUGCAUCAACGUAUCAACAGCAAAAGUUGCGUGUAUGUGAAGUUUGUUCUGCCUACUUAGGUAUUCAUGAUAAUGAUAUUCGACUAGCUGACCACUUCGGUGGUAAGUUGCAUUUGGGAUUCCUCACUAUUCGUGAAAAGUUGGUAGAAUUGGAAAAAACUGCAGGGCCCCGUAAAGCAGAGCUUAAACGAAGCGGAAAAAUUAAUGAACGCGGUGAUGAUAGACAAAGAUCGCGAUAUUUUGUAGGUGGUCGUGAAUUAGAUCGACGUUCUCGUGUACAUAGGUCUAGAUCUAGAGACCGAGCACGCCGUAACGAACGUGGAGGUGGAGCAAGUAGUUCUGAUAAUAGAUCCGAGAGACGAUCAGAAAAGGACAAAGAAAGGGAAAGGGAUCGUGACCGACGAGUAAAUGCUGCUUCUCCUGUGAGGGAAGAAAGAAAGCGGUCAAGAUCACGAUCCCGUGCACAUAACUACAGUUCUAGACGGAGGUCACAUUCUCGUGAACGUCAUCGUCGUUAAAAACAGAUUUUGUUGAAAACGGAAAUGCAACUGUAUCCUACAACAUCAUCAUAUGAUUUAAAUGUGUACAUGACGAUUCCGGUAGCACGUAUGUAAUUAAUAAAAAUAUUUUCCGCAUUUUAUUAUGUAACUAAUCAUAAAUUCGAUUGAAUGUUUUCUUUUUGCGAUUUCUUGAAUAAAAUCUCUUUCUCGAUUAUAGAAAAAUAUCAUAAACCACCAUUGUUCAGAUUUUGGUAUGUAAAAACUUAUUGCUUAUAAAAUAAAAUAUAAGUACGAAAAUAGUAAACUUAUCUAGGUAAACUAAUGACUGACCAGAACAGUAAGCUGAGUGGACUAUUUCAGACCCAGGUGUCACGAAAGAGCGUGGUCUUAUGAUUUCAGUACUUAUGGUUCACAAAUUCACAUUCUAGUUAAAAUGAUUUGUCUUGGUACAUAUUUUACUGAUGCAUUGUCACCGGCUACCUAAUUGAACUUAAACCAAAUUCAACAUAGUAUCCUCUUUCCUGGGAAUUUGGCCCCCAUCUAUGAAAUAUUAAUAUGGUUGGGAAAUGAAAUACCUGUCUUAUUGCGUAUAGAGUUUUUAACAACCUGUGGAUAAGAAAAUUCUAAUAAAUGUUACAAUUCAAUUGGCCCUGGUAUGUAUUUAAGUAUGUAUUUUGUACAACUUUUCAAAUAUACAUAAAUCACAACUAUUAUAAA